UUUGUGGAAAAACCGGAAGCGGCGGGACAAGCAAGCAGGGAAAUACUGUGGAGUUUGAAGUGGAGCGGAGCAGAGUGUGCUGCAUCUAUCCUACCCGGUUGUGCACCAAGGAAAAGAAAGACAAAAAAAGAUGUGGAAAGCAUCAGCUGGACGCUCUCUUUCUGUUACUGUAGAUGAAGCAGCUGAUGAUUGGGAGACAGACCCUGAUUUUGUGAAUGACGUGUCUGAGAAAGAACAGCGAUGGGGUGCCAAAACAGUGGAGGGAUCUGGACACCAAGAGCACAUUAACAUUCAUAAGCUGAGGGAAAAUGUUUCAGAAGAACAUCAGAGUUUGAAGCAGGUUGAGCUGGAAAAUAUGCCUAAAGCUUCCCAUGGCUAUGGAGGAAAGUUUGGAAUUCAACAGGAUCGAAUGGAUAAGUCUGCAGUGGGCCAUGAGUACCAGAGUAAACUUUCCAAACAUUGUUCUCAGACUGAUUCAGCCAGAGGAUUUGGGGGAAAAUUUGGUGUCCAGGCAGAUCGAGUUGACCAGUCAGCAGUUGGGUUUGAAUAUACUGGGAAGACUGAAAAGCACGCUUCUCAAAAAGAUUAUUCAAAAGGCUUUGGUGGAAAAUUUGGCGUGGAAGCUGACAAAGUGGACAAAAGUGCUGUUGGAUAUGAAUAUCAGGGUAAAACAGAAAAGCAUGAAUCUCAAAAAGACUAUGUUAAAGGGUUUGGAGGGAAGUUUGGUGUCCAAACAGACAGACAGGACAAGUCUGCCCUCGGCUGGGAUCAUCAAGAAAAGCUUCAACUGCAUGAGUCUCAGAAAGACUAUGCUAAGGGAUUUGGUGGAAAAUAUGGAGUGCAGAAGGACAGAAUGGACAAGAGUGCAGGCACCUUUGAUGAUGUUCAGAAACCAAGUCCUGCCUAUCAGAGAACAAAACCUUUGGAAGCAGCUUCAAGCAACACUAGCAGCAUAAAAGCCAGAUUUGAAAAUAUUGCAAAACAAAAAGAGGAAGAUGACCGAAGGAAAGCUGAAGAAGAACGAACCCGUCGGCUUGCUAAGGAAAAACAAGAGCAAGAAGAAGCCAGGAACAGGCAGGAGGAGGCUAGUACGAUAAAGGAAAAUGAGACUCCCAUUUCAGUAUCAGAACCAGAUUUCCAAGAAACACCUGCCAGCCCUUCAUAUGAGGAAAAACAUGUUUAUGUAGAUGAGUCCGAUCAAAGUAUAUCCUCUUCAUCUCAAGCUUACAAGUCAGAACCCAGUUAUGGAAUGCAAGAGUCAGAGCACCAAGAGCCGAGCUAUGAGAAAGAGUCGGAGUCAACAUAUCAGCAAGACAUUUAUCAGAACACAGAAGAAGAUGGGCAUUAUGUAAGAGAAGAACAGAAUUACGAAGAAUAUGCAGAUGAACUUGGACUGACAGCAGUAGCACUGUAUGAUUACCAAGCUGCUGGUGAUGAUGAGAUUUCCUUUGAUCCCGAUGACAUCAUUACUAAUAUUGAAAUGAUCGAUGAGGGCUGGUGGAGAGGCAUAUGUAAAGGAGCGUACGGGCUCUUCCCUGCUAAUUAUGUGGAGCUCCGCCAGUAAUGCACUUUGCCAUUCAGUGGAUUUUGCCUUAAUAAUGAUAAUAAUAAUAAUAUGCAGUUCUGCUUCCAAAUGCUACACAUCUCUCUUUAAAGCAAAACUUUUUUCUUUAAUGUUGGCUGUGCCACUUUGUAACUUCCAUAAGCAAAUAUUUGUUUCAUUGUUUUCCAGAUAGAGCCCAGCACUUAGUAUGACGCAUAUUGGUUUUUGAUCAGCAAAUGCUGUUUCCAAUUUCGAGCCAUAUUGAAUCAAAGCAAUCAUGUGACAGGUGUCAUAGAAAUAUGUUCAGCUUUGCCGCUGCAAUAUCUUUUCUUAUCACAAAGAAAAAUUGAAUGUGUUGAUUUGGAAUAUAGACUGUUUGAUAAUGUAACAGAAUUAUUGGCGUUACAUUCCUUGAUCUGAAUUUCACUUUUGUGUAGCACAUAUUGGUCGCUAAUUUUUUAACUCUCAAAUGAUGGCUUAAACCCUUAAGAACUGUUUAAUUUGUGACUGCUAUAGUUUAUGAGCAUUUGCUAGGAGGCUCACCAAAGACUUGUAUAAAAAAAAAUUAAUGUAACAAAAUAAGUCCUGCAGACAUUUUCUAAUGGACUUGAGGAAUUUAAAAUGUUCAGCAGGCCUGUAUCUGUAAAACCCUGCUUUGCACAUCCCUUCAUGCAACAUUUCAUGCUAAUUCGCAAAAUGCUUGCAUAAAUACAAUUUACAUAUCUUUUAAUGUCUUUAGUCCUUAGUGUAAAAUGUAUGUGUGUAAUUUGCCAUAAGCCAUUUCCAUGGUUGCACACAUUUUUAAGAAAUUAUAGCCCUUCAGUUUUAUUUUUGCCAUUUCUUUUGUGUUCAAGCAACAAUUUUAAUAUCUCAUAUUGAAUUACAUAAAUAAUCAGAAAUGGACCAAUUUGAUUUAAGAAGACCUGUAAUAAACUUUAAAUGGGUUGAUCAAAAAAAGUGAAAUAUCAAAAUAUUUAUGAUAAUGAACAGGACAAUCUAAACAGUUGUUGCACAUAUACAGUAUUUGUUUUAAAUUUCAGUGGUUGACUUUAUUACUGAUUUGUUUGCAUGUAUUUGUUUAAUCAUUAUUGGGUUGGGUUUUAUAAUGCAGUAAUGUAUAUUAUUUUUAUCUUUAUAUCAGCUUGCAUAAAACACUACAUGAAUACCUUUACGAUUAGCUUUUUUUUUUAUUUUUUUUUCCUUUGGUAAAUAAAGUUUCCUGUAAAAUGUGCCUAGCGUGCAUUUCUUUAAA